AUGAACGAGCAAACUCGCUCUAGCUUAGUGUUUAUUAAUUCUAAUGAUUCAAAUCUUAAAAUGAAAAAUCACGUGGUAAACGACGUUCAAAAACAAUUAAGUCAACUUCCGUUUCCUCCUACCAUUAAGCCAAGCGAAUUAAUCUCAUUUGCUGAAGGUAGUAGUAUUCCAGCUAGAGCCCCUAACGCUUUCAUCAUCUAUCGCAAAUUAUUUAUUCAAAAUUCCAAAAAUAAUGGAUACACUUUUCCUAUGACUGUCAUUUCUACUAUGGCCUCCAAAUGUUGGAAGCUUGAACCGGACAAUGUCAAAAAGGAGUAUAAAAGAAUUGCGAGAGAAACGUUCAUUUAUCGAAAAAAAAUUUGUCCAAAACCAAAACGUGAAAGAAAAAGAAAAACAUGGCUUAUUGUUUCGGUUGAUCAAAUUAAUAAGAACCGGACUAAAUCUAAAAAAAAAUCGAAACCGUCACCAGUGAAUUCUAUUUCUACUAGUUCUUUUGUUAAUUUAGAGAAAGAACAAUCUAUACCUUCGAAUAUCGCUACUACUACAACAACUACUGCUGAAUAUAUCCAACAACAAAGCCAACAUUCAACUUCACCCACCGAAUCACGAUUUGAAUCUUUAAUUCAAGAUUUGGGCUUAUUCAAAGAGAGGACAGACAUUUUUGAUUCUCGAAAUGAAAGCAGUAAUAAUUCUUUUGGUUCCAAUCUCGAAUUUAAUUUCUUUCCAAUUCAAAAUGAAAAUUUAAAUAAUUUGUCAAACGAAAAUCAAUCAGGAAUUGAUAUUUAUGAUUCUAGAAAUUUAAACACACCAUAUUUUAAUAAUUGA